GUGGCAAGAAAAUUACAGAAUUUAAAGCCAAGUUCAUUGGAGAUAAAUUAUAUGCUGUGGCAGUUAGUCUGGUUUGUAGCUGGACAUUUCCCGUUCGGUAUCGUCGUCUUGCGUCUAUGACUGCGCUGACUGGAUAGAAAGUGAAAUGAGCCGUACACUCACUGAUCGGUCAAAAGGCUCAAACAUGAAGACUGGACCGCCAAGUACUUUGAAAUUCGGAAAGCUAGACGAUCGGUAGUACGAUAAAACUUUUGGUGUCAGGAACGCCAACGUUUCUUGAGAUGGAUAACAUACUGGAGAAUGUUUCAUGUUUGAAAUUUUCAACCGAAACAGACACUUAUAACAGAACUUAAAUGCACAGAAAAAAAAGCAAAAUUGUGAAAUUUUUUUCUAAUUUCGAGUCAAAGUUUCAAUCAAUAGCCAGCAUUUAUAACAACAUUGCUAAAAUAUACAAUUUGAACAAUAUUUCGAAAAUUUGAAAUUCAAGAUUUCAAAUAAAAGUGUGUUCCUUUUCAGGGACCGGCCUAUUGGCCCGUGAUCAUUUCCACACAUCUCCAUGACUUUUCUAUGCGCCGCCAUUUUCUCUCUGCAUAAGGUCAAAGAUGCUUGGAGCGAUAAAAUGGUUAUUCUGGUAUUCAUGUAUAUUCCGCCUACCUUUUAAAAAUCUUUCGACAUUAUCUGACUUUUGGCGUUCUUCGAAUUUCCAAAUUUGUCUCUGUUUCACAAAACAUGAAGAUUACUUUUUCUCCGGAACUUUCAAUUCCCUGCGAAGUGUGCAAAAAUCAAUCAAACGGAUACCAUUUUGAAGUUUUAUCUUGCGGAGCGUGCGCAUCGUUUUUUAGAAGAUCUGUCGUUUCCAAAAUAAAGUAUCAAUGCAAGGACGGAAAAAAGCGCUGUCAAAUUAGAUACUUGGACAGGCAUUUCUGUAGGUACUGCCGAUUCAGCAAGUGUGUAAAAGCAGGGAUGAAGGCUGAAAAAAUUCAAAAGAAUCGCGAUCUAGAUUCUUCCCCCACUCCAACUGACCAGAAUAAUUGUAUCCCUAGUGAUGUACUGCAUGAUGACGGAAUUUUGAUUAAAGACAUUCGAGGUCUUUUCAAACAAUUUAAUCCACAUAAUGCUUCAGAAGGCUGUUCAAAGUUGGAAAAACUCACGGAAGGUCUGCAGUUUAUCAGGAGAAAUCAAGAGAGGGAGUGCAUAAAGAUAAUCGAUGAAAUGGAUUCAGAAAGCUUGAAAGAUGUACAAUUUAAAGUUAUCGGUUCAUGUGCUACAUGGCUACUUUUUUCUUCGUUUUUCCAGAAGCUUGAGGAAAAUGAAAAAGUAGUAAUUUUGGAAAGGUUGUGGCAUGGAUGGACAGUUCUCGAAUUUUUGAGUAGAUCACUUGAAAUUUUCGGAAACAAAGUUAUUGAUGAAAAGAUAGUUUUCAUCUCGGACAACACUGCAAUUCGCCUUAUCACUGCAUUUGAAAACUCUUUAAAGACAGCAAGCCCGAAGAAAAGUGAAUCGAUUAAGAAGAAGCUGGAAUUGUCAUUUUCAGUAAUAUUUGAUGAAUUAGCACUACAUUUCAUAAAUUGGAAGCCGACUGAAAUUGAAAUUUCGUAUAUGCAGUGGCAAAUAGUUUGGAGUGUAGCAGAACAAUUACUUUCUGGAAAUUCUCUGGAAAAGGGGGAACAUUUCACCGAGCAACUAUCCAAGGAUCUUCAUGAAUAUUACGUGCGAGAGCUGAAACUGGAAAAUUACGCUUUUCGGAUUGAGAAAAUGAUGGAUAUUGUUCAGAUUGUGCAGAAUAAUUUUUAUUAAUCUUAUUUAUCUUUGUCUAUCAUUUUAUUCAACAAUAAUUAACUGAAUGUAAUGCUUAAUCU